UCUGCACUCAGAAAAGUGAAACUAAAUUUCAGCGGCUGGUUCCCCUGUGCAGAGGGGCCAUGGCUGCCGGGGACCUGGCCGGGAGCUUCCAGGACAAAGUGACUUGCUCCAUCUGCCUGGAGUAUUUCACAGACCCAGUGACUAUUGAGUGUGGGCACAACUUCUGCCGGGACUGCAUCAGCCAGUGCUGGGGGGAGUCGGAGCCAAACUUCUCCUGCCCCCAGUGCAGAGAAACCGCCCAGCAGAGAAACCUGCGGCCCAACAGGCAGCUGGGGAACAUGGUGGAGUUAGUGAAAUGCCUGAGGCUCCAGGCAGUGACAGAGCCCGAGGGGCAGCGAGUGUGUGAGCGGCACCAGGAGGCUCUGAAACUGUUCUGUGGGGAGGAUCAAACCCCCAUCUGCGUGGUGUGUGAUAAAUCCAAGGCUCACAGAUCUCACACGGUGGUUCCCAUUGAGGAGGCUGCUCAGGAGUACAAGAGACAGACGGAAGUGGAGAGGCAGCUGGUGGUGUCCGAGUGCGAGCGGCUUCGCCAGUUCCUGGCUGAACAAGAGCACCUCCUGCUGGCCCGGCUGGGAGAGCUGGAUGAGGAGAUUGGGGGGAGGAGGGAGGAAAACAUCACCCACCUGUGCAAGGAGAUUUCCCGGCUCAGUGCCCUGAUCACGGAGUUGGAGGACAAGUGUCAGCAGCCGGCACUUGAAUUGCUGCAGGGUGUCAGACGUGCCAUGAGCAGGGGCGAGAAGGUGACAUCUCCACAUCCAGCUCCCAAGUCCCCUGAUCUGGAAAAGAGAAUCUGGGAUUUCCCUCGAGAGAACAAUCUCCAGGAGGCUGUGACGGGAUUCCUGGAGGGGCUGGUUGCAGAGAGAGGACUCAGAAGAGCCCGAGGAUUCGCAGUGGAUGUUACUCUGGAUCCAGACACGGCUCAGCCCAAACUCAUCCUGUCCGAGGAUCGGAAACGUGUGAGACAUGGAGACGAAGAACAGGCUCUUCCCAACAAUCCUGAGAGAUUUGACACUUACCCUGAAGUUCUGGGCGCUGAGGGGUUCGCAGGCGGGAGGCGUUACUGGGAGGUGGAGGUGGGAGACAAGCCUGACUGGGCUCUGGGGGUUUGUAGGGAUUCUGUCAGCAGGAAGGGGGAGAAUGAUAUAUCACCUGAGGAUGGAUACUGGGCUGUGUGCCUGACGGAUGGGGAAUACAAAGCCGUCACCUGCCCCUCGACCUCCCUCCCCGUGAGCGUCAGGCCCAGCCGGGUGGGGAUUUUCCUGGACUAUGAGGCAGGAGAGGUCUCGUUUUACAAUGUGACUGACAGGUCCCAUCUCUUCACUUUCACUGACAAUUUCUCCGGGACGCUCCGCCCUUAUUUCUGUCCUGGUUACAGUGCUGGGGGUAAAAACACAGCGCCCCUGAUAAUCUGCCCGGUCCUGGCUCAGGCUGGAGGGAAUGUCUGUCCCUGACAACAACACCCGUGGCAGACACUGUCCCCUCCCAGCACUGACUAGCCCCCAGGCCUGUUCCCAUGGGGAUAGUACAAAGGGCAUCACCUGCCUGUCCCCCCCACUUCCUCCUGUCAUGACCUGGGGGUUCAUUAAGCAACAAACCAGUGAAUGAGACAGGAAUAAAACUUAAUAAAACAAACUAGAGCGUUUCUGUGGUGACCAGCUGUGCACAGCUACCCUGUGUUCUCAACCCCACCUUCCAGGGCAUAUAUCUAAAUCCCUAUAGUCCUAAUCCUGUCCCUUAUGAGGGAGCAUCUCUACAUUAUAAUCUUCCACAAAGAUAUCUCUGUGCUCUCCCCUCUUCAUUCCCAGCACCAGGCCUGUGAGCUGGGAGAGAGGAGAGGGGCAGAGAAGGAGGUGGCGAGCAGGCUAUGAGCUGUAGGGGGUGCAGGCACAGAGGGGUAUGGGUGCAAUGU